UCUUGCGUCUUCGGCAAGUAGUCAUGAUUCGUGAAUUGAGAAUGGAGAAGAAGGUGGUUUCGCGUCUAACUCCAUGGAUCUUCUUGCUUGCAAUUCCUCUGUUCUACUUUGAAAUUAUAUGGAGCAACAAUAUUCAACUUCAACAACCUAAUCUUCUCAAAAUUGAUCGCAAAUCCUAUCAAUCUCCACACUCCAACAAAACUGUUCAAGUGAGCUUCAAUUCUCUGGAUUUUCUCCUCUCCAGAUUAGUUCAAGGGGAAGAACAGAGCAAUUUCAGAGCCACCGGCUUCUCCUGCGAUGCACAGAUACACUCAAAGCACUGCGUCACAACCCGACCAUCCCAAAUCGACACCGCAACCAUGACCGUCUCAAUCCCCUCCGACGGUCCCGCGCAGGAGACGUCGCUCCGUCCCUACGCGAGGCAGGAGGAUGAAAUUCUCCUGAGAAAAGUGACUCCGGUGAAGAUCAUCCACGGCGGCAACACUACGCCGUCGAUUUGCGAUCACAGGCACAGCGUCCCCGCCGUGGUGUUCUCCUCCAGCGGAUUCGCCGGCAACGUCUUCCACGAGAUCAACGAAAUCAUCAUCCCUCUGUUUAUCACUGCCAAACUAUUCAACUCGAGCGUGCUCUUCAUCAUGGAGGAUUACAGACCUUCGUUCGUCGCGAAAUACGGAAAAAUCCUCAAUCGCCUCUCGUCGCAUCCGAUCCUGAACCCCGCCGCCGAUCGGAGCGUCCAUUGCUUUCCGGCGGUGGUGGUCGGGCUUAAGUUUCACGGCCAUUUAUCAAUUAAUGCUAAUGAGAUUCCAAAGGGGCUCACCACGCCGAUGUUCCGGCGGUUUCUCCGGGAAUCGCUGGAACUCAAGUACAGCCACGUGUCACAGAUCGAGAGGCCGGCGGUGAUGCUUUUGUCGCGGACGACGACGAGGAGGAUCAUCAACGAAGAGCAAGUUGUGGCUAUGAUGGAGGAUUUAGGGUUUAGGGUAGUAGUGGUGGCGAGAGCGAAAACCGUGUCGAACAUCAACUUGUUCUCGCGCAUGAUAAACUCGUGCAGCGUGUUCGUGGGGGCGCACGGGGCCGGCCUCACGAACGAGGUGUUCCUCCCCGAUGGGGCAGUGAUGGUGCAAGUGGACUUGAUCGGGUUGGAAUGGGCGGCGGCCAAUUACUACGGUGAUCCGGCUCGGGGGAUGGGUGUGCAUUACUUGAGAUAUAAGAUCGAGCCGGAAGAGAGCUCGCUCUUGAAGAUAUUUGGGUCGCGAAGCCAUAAGGCUAUCACGGACCCAACGGGUGCAUUUCCCCUUCAUAUAGGAAGGGAAGUGUACCUUAAUGGACAAAAUGUCAAUAUUAGUAUUGACAAGUUUAGGCACACUAUGGCUAUGGCCAUGAGCCUCGUUCAACAUUAAUUAUUUUUUUAGGAAUGGUUGAAUUUUCUUCAUUUCAUUUAUACAAAGCUUCCUUUGUCGACCCAGAA